ACUAAGUAUUCACGGAUUGAAGAACAUCAGUGGAUUGGUGGCAUUGCUCUGAAUUCUUCUUCGUUGCACGGCUGAUGAAUUCUGCUACCGCUUCUUCUCAUUUUGGAAUGACAACCUCGUUUCAUCAAGUCAUUCAUCGGAAGAUAGAGGUUUGAUUGGAUUGAUUUUAUUCUACUGUGUAUGCAUGCAAGCCAAAAGAAUCAGAAUCCUUUGAAUGGAGUAGCUUUCUCUCGGAAUUGGAACAAGCCACCAAAACAGUUCGGUACCAUCAAGAAAUCCAUCACAUCAUCGCCAAGGAUCCAUUUUGUUAAGCUUGUUGACUGUCAUUUGGAUUGAAAGGAGUUGAAAGAACAGCCAAGACAAUGACAAGAGCUUUGCUAUUAGUGUUGGUGUUGCUGGGUGUCAUUGGCAGUGGGUUUUCCUUUGUCUUGCCCUCUUCGGUUGUCACGACGACAUCACAAUCAGAUUCGGCUGUCUACCUAUCCGAUGUUCCUCAAGACGAAACCGAGAAAUCAACCUCAUCGUCGUCCCAGGAAUCACCUCCACAACAGCGAAAACAGCAACAACAAAAAGCCAAUGACACAUGGCAGCAUCAACAACGACAACAACGCAACUGGAAACAGAAUUGGUUACCCGAACCACCCGAAGAUCAACUCACAUUGGCCGGAGAUGUCGCCUCCUUGUUCCUCUACUCGUUCAUGGAUCACUUUCUCAAUGACGUAUACUUGACAUCCCUAUUGAAAUCCAGCGACUCGGCAGCCGAAGCGGCCAAAUCACUCGACACGACAUCGUUGCCACUCCCCGUAUGGGUCGAUUCCACCGCCCUUGGCACACAGACGGUCGAUCACUUGCUCUUGACGGAUUUGCAAUCCCGUGUGUUGCCCCAUUUUAGCACACCCCUGCUAGCAUCGGCUGGAAUGGCCAGUGUCAGUUUGGCAUCGUGUUGGUUGCUGGCGGGGAUCCUUCAUCAAGCCUUUCAUUUUCGAAAUACCCUCGAUUGUCCCACCGAUCGCGCCAUUGCCGUCACGGGACAAACAUGGAUCACAUCCUCCAUCUUUUUGAUUGCACUCACGUGCAUCAGUCAACACAUGGCAGGAGGAGCGGCUGUGGAUAUUCAAGAUGUAUCCACUUCGGUCCUAAUGACACAAGGGCGAGUCUUGACGCCGAUCGAAGAGUGGCUCAGUGUCUUGACACGAACCGACAUUCAAUACAUUGUCGAUAGUUUGGGUGUUCUACUGACUUGGAGAUUCAUGAUUAGUUUUCUCUUGGGUGGAUGGUCCAAGAAGUAGACAGAAGCACAAACACAAGCCACAAGAACAACUCCCAAAUUGGUUAGCAGUUAUCAUACUGGCACACCAUCUAUCACGACACAACCCGUUGAAGCUGCUACCAGUGGGAGUUAUAUUGCCAACAUCUAUCCAGGAGUACUGAAUUGGCAACACCCCAUCCACAAUACACAAAAUAGACAAAAAGAGUGUCCGAACGAAGGAGAUUUGUUUGGGAUUGCUGACACGAGGGACAACCACAUAGACUUUUACAACGUCCUCAGCAACUCGACUUUUCUCAUCGCCACUUGGCAGGUAGUACGUUGCCAUUAUAAAGUCAAUAGUACAUACUGUUUCAUAUU